AAGACACACUAGUGAGUGCGCAUCACUGUAUGAGAGCGGCCGGUUGGUUGAAGUUGUGGCAUUAACUGUUCAACCCACCCAAACCCGCGCGUCUGUGUGCGCCCAUUUUCUCCGCGUGUAAACCAGUCCAGCUCUCCGCCUCACUGACAGAUACAGGCUUGAUGACCCGUGGGAGUUAGUUAGGAUAGUUACAACUAGGAGACCAAGUCACGCCGAAGAGAACACAUGCUUUAAAGCACAAGUAACAAACACUGAAGGUAAAUACGGUCGUGGGCGCUCAGUGUGGAAAUAUUGCAGCCCAAAUUAAGGUCUGUGUGUGUAAGCCUCUGUAUCUCUGCGAUGGUCUCCUGCCGCUCUCUCCUGCUUCUGCUGCUCAGUGUCUGCAGCCUGACUGCUCCCUUACUGGCUCUGCCCUUUGAGCAGAGAGGAUUCUGGGACUUUGCUAUGGAUGGAGAAGUGGGAGAUCUGAAGACGGUGAUGAUGAGAGAUGAAGAGGGUUCGGCUAUGGAGGAGCUGCCGCCGGAUGUGUUCUUAUGCCCCUUUGGUUGCCAGUGCCAGCUCAGUGUGGUGCAAUGCUCAGACCUAAGUUUGAUUGCAGUACCCAAGGAAAUUCCCAAAGACACCAAACUCCUGGAUCUACAGAACAACCGCAUCACAGAACUGAAGGAGAAUGACUUCAAAGGACUUACAAACCUCUAUGCUUUGUCACUGGUCAACAACAUGAUCUCCAAAGUCCACCCGCGAACCUUCACACCCCUCCUACACUUAAAAAAGCUUUAUUUUUCCCGUAACCUCCUGACAGUGGUACCCAAGAACCUUCCCCCAUCCCUGGUGGAGCUGCGUAUUCAUGAGAACCGUAUUAAGAAGGUUGCAGAAGGAACGUUCUCUGGUCUGGGCAGCAUGAACUGCAUUGAGAUGGGCGGAAACCCUAUUCAGAACAGCGGCUUUGAGCCCGGCGCUUUUAAAGGCCUGAAACUCAACUACCUGCGCGUCUCUGAGUCCAAACUCACUGGAAUACCGAAAGACCUCCCUGACAGUCUUCAUGAGCUCCACUUGGACAAUAACCAGAUCCAAGCCAUCGAACUGGAGGACCUGAGCCGCUAUAAACACCUGUACAGAUUGGGUCUGGGUUUCAACCACAUCCGAAUGAUUGAGAACGGCAGCCUAUCAUACAUCCCUAAUCUCAGAGAACUGCAUUUGGAAAACAACCGGCUGACCCGCAUCCCCAUGGGACUGGCAGACAUGAAGUAUCUGCAGGUGGUCUACCUUCAUUCCAACAACAUAAGUCGAGUGGAUGUUAAUGACUUCUGCCCUAGAGGUUUCGGCAUGAAGAGGAGCUUUUAUAACGGCAUUAGCCUUUAUGGCAACCCGGUUAACUACUGGGAGGUGCAGCCUGCCACCUUUCGCUGCGUUGGCGACCGUUUGGCCAUUCAUUUCGGAAACUAUAAGAAAUAGGGACUGGAUGAAAAGACAGAUUUGGGGACAAAUAACAAUGCUGGAAAUGAAACAAAACAGAAAAAAACUUGGAGAAAGUGGGCCAAAAUGGUGUCAACAAACAGUGUUUGCAAAUAAUUCCUUAUUACGUAUCUAUGGAUGUAUUUGUUUAUGAAGUCUAAGGGUUCACACAAAGGAUGUUAACUAUAAUGAUAAAGAUGUAGUUUUAAGAAUGGAAUCACUAUCAGACCACUUUUUUUCAGCUAAUGAACAAUACAAAUAUUGACAGCCAAUCAGAAUCCACAUUUUAAAGAGCUUGAGCAUUUAAAGGGGCAGGCGACAAAACUGCAGCGUGCUCAUAAUGAACAUAACAUUAUAGCUAUCGUUAUCUUUAUAGUUACCAUUCUUGAUUUGAACAGGCCUGAAAGAACAAAGAAAGGCGCAAUAAAAAUAAACACAACUGGCUUUAUUAACAAAACCAUAAACCAUUUACAGUCAAGUCUUACCAUUAUCAGUACACUUUUUAAGGGCUCUUUGUUCGCUUGGCAUUUUUUUAUACUAGUAUUAUUGAUAUGUACUGUUAUAUUGUUAUUAUUAUAUAUUAGUUUAUGUAUUAUUACUAGAGAAGUUUGGAUUGGAUGUUGAAAUGGGAAGGUUGAAUCUAGGUGUUCAAUUCAUGGUGCUUAUAAUAAGUGUAUCUGUGUUGUUUGUAAAAAAAUGUUGCUUUCUUUUUUCUCUUUUUGUUGUGUCAUUGCCUUGCUUCAGGGGUCUUAUUGUUGUGGGAGUACUUUAGGGCAAUGGAGGAACUUUACACAGACACAGUAUAAUUAUGUUGUCGAGUUACAUUCAGCCAAAUGCCUCGUGUUUUUACCCAGCCCUUUUGGGUUCGAGGCUGAUUCAGAAAAGGAUUGUAAUGUUAUGUUGUUUUGCACAGUUUCUCUUUGAAUUCCAAAUCUAUUCUUUGUAGCAUUGUUUCUCUAAUGUUUUCUUUGGCAGUGACCCUGCAUGCAUUUAGGCUGCAGUGCUGCACGCUACUGCAUGUCCCAAUAAAAUAUCUUUCAGCUUGACUUCAGGAGCAGAAGUGGCAUACCAUCAUGGUUUGAAAGCUGUGACUAAUAAAACUUGAGUUAACACGA